GAAACUCAACCCCAGUUCCUUCACAACCCAUUUCUCGAAUAUCAGUUCAGAAAUGGCAGCCAGGUUUUCCCCGUCGGAGAUGUCCAAUACUGCAUCAACAUUGCUCUCCGCCUAUGCCUCCUUCACCGGAACCAUGAUGCUCUUCCGCUCCAUCACCAGAGACUUCAUUCCUGAGCCGCUCAGAUCUCACCUUUACUCUUUAUUUCACUCCCUCUUCACUCCUCUCUCUUCCAACCUCACUCUUGCCAUCGACGAAUUUGCCGGUAUGUCGAGGAACGAAUUCUACGACGCCGCCGAGCUCUAUCUCGCCACCAAGAUCAGCCCCAAAACAGAGCGGCUCAGGCUCAGCAAGACCCAGAAACAAAAAAAUUUCACAAUCUUAAUCGACAAGAAUGAAGAAGUCGUCGAUAAUUUUGAGGGAAUUCAGUUGAAAUGGAAGUAUGUCUGCAUGGAGCCUCAGAAUCAGAGUCAGUUCUCUAGAGAGAAGAGAUUCUUCAAACUCAUCUUCAGCAAGAAGUUCAAAGAUAGAGUCUUGCAGUUUUACUUACCUUAUGUUUUGCUUAAAGCUAAACAAAUCAAAGAGGAAUCCAAAGUGAUUAAGAUCUAUAGUCGCCAUUGUGUCCAUGGCGAUGACGAUGGAGAUAAUAUGGGCAUCUGGGGUUCCAUGAAUCUCGAGCACCCGGCCACAUUUGAUACCAUAGCCAUGGAUCCAGAACUGAAGAAGAUGAUAAUUGAUGAUUUGGAGAGGUUCGUGAGCAGGAAAGAGUUCUACAAGAAAGUUGGCAAGGCUUGGAAACGAGGGUAUUUGUUGUACGGCCCUCCGGGUACCGGGAAGUCUAGUUUGGUUGCUGCCAUGGCUAAUUAUCUCAAGUUUGAUAUAUACGAUCUGGAGCUUGCAAGUAUAUAUUCCGACUCGGACUUGAAAAAUGUACUGUUAACAACGACAAACAGGUCAAUAAUUGUCAUCGAGGACAUAGAUUGCAGCAUUCAAAUUCAAGACAGAGACAUGGAAGGCGAAUUCGAUGGGUCUUUCCAAAAGAUAACACUAUCGGGCAUACUCAACUUCAUCGACGGUCUGUGGUCAAGCUCCGGGGACGAGAGAAUAAUUGUGUUCACAACCAACCACAAGGACCGGCUUGAUCCGGCACUGCUGCGGCCAGGCCGGAUGGACCUGCACAUCAACCUAUCGUAUUGCACAGUUGAUGGGUUCAGGAUCCUGGCUUCAAAUUACUUGGGGAUAAGAAAUAAAGAGCAUCCCCUGUUUGGGGAAAUCGAUAGGUUGAUACAGAACACGGAGGUGACCCCAGCAGAGGUGGCAGAGGAACUGAUGAGGAAUGAAGAUGUUGAUCUUGCUCUGGAAGGACUUGUUAAAUUCAUUAAACGAAAGAGGAGUGAAAUUGAGGAGGGAGAUGUUGAAACGGAAGAAGCAAAGAGUUUGAAAACCGGUAAUGAGGAUAAAGCAAUUGAAAUUGGGAAUAACAGAAGAGGGGCGGUGAGAAUGGGAAGAGGUAGGGGAAGAGGAAGAGGUAGGGGGAUGUCGAGCAGGGGUCUGAGAAGAAGUUACCCAAUAUUAGCCCGCCCUCCUCGAUAUUAAGAAAAGAAAAUUAUACACUAUUACGGGGAAAUUUUGUCUCACCAUCCUUUAUCUUCUCGGAUCAUGGAUUACCUGGAAGGUUUGGUGAAGAUGCCCCCAAGUUCAGCUGCAGCACAUCUGCAGGGAAGUGAAUAUGUGUGGUGAUAAGUUUGCUGCUAUGGCUCAUCUUAGUUCUUUGGCUUAUGCCUCUAUGUUGUCUGCCCCAUGGGCAUUUCUAUGUGUUCUUUGGCUCAUCACUAAGAGCUGUUUAGUGAGGUUGGAGGUUUGAUAGAAGUUUUACUUGAGAGAAUAUAGUGUAAAAGUCUUGUUUUUAAGAGUAAUUUUAAAAGUGAAAAGUUGUUUAGUAGAUUUUUUAUAAAAGAUCUUUUAAUUU